AAAAAAGAAAACGUGACAAUUUUGCGGGUAUCUCUUCCUGUAACGGUAUGAAGGAAUAGGAUUUUCUUAACUAAUUGUGUUUCCUUAACUAGAACUGUAUUAUGGAGAGUGUUGGUCAGCAAAUUAUGUCAGGUUUCCGGUUAGAUAUCAGCCCUCUGAAAGAGCCUCUGGGAUUUAUACGACUCCUGGAAUGGGUGUUUGUCAUAUUUGCAUUUGCAUCGACUGUUGAUUAUUCUGGCAACACAAGUUUCAAUAUCCAAUGUCACGGGACUGGACCAAUCCAUGAGAUCAAUAUCUCCUUUAAGUACCCUUUUAGACUUCAUGCACAUAGCUUUGAUGUGCCGACCUGCGACGGCAACAAAACAGGAGAAAUGAAAACGUACUAUCUGAGCGGAGACUUUUCAUCCUCAGCUCAGUUCUUUGUUGCAGUUGGAGUGCUGGGCUUCCUGUACUGUACCAGCAUACUUGUGGUGUAUGUUGGGUACCAGCAUAUGUAUCGCGAGUCAAAGCAUGGCCCUGUUUUUGAUCUGCUAAUAACUGGAAUCUUCACAUUCUUGUGGCUGGUGGCUUCUUCUGCUUGGGGAAAAGGCCUGACUGAUGUUAAAUUGGCUACGAGUCCAGCACAACUUGUUUCUUUAAUCAAUGCUUGUAGGAUCUCUGAAAACAAGUGUUCACCAGGUGCCCUUUCUGCCUUUGGCCCCCUCAACUCUUCAGUGAUUUCUGGAUUUCUUAACAUCAUCAUAUGGGCAGGAAACUGCUGGUUCAUCUUUAAGGAGACACACUUCCAUACACAAGCCAACCCUUCAGCAACUCAGCAAUAAGCAACAAGGCAUCCUUAAAGUUACAGAAGAGAAGGCAACAGUUAUCUGUUGCAGUUUAGACAGCAGUUGAGGUUCAGAGAGUAGACUUCCUGUGUGACAUUGCACAGGAAACAAUGGUGUCUGUACACUCAGUUCACUCUAGCCCACUACUAUAUAACUGCUCUAAAUUACUCAGUCAGUUUCAAGUUAUCAAGCUGUGAGGAAACGUGUAUAUGUAUAAUCAUGUACACGAUUCAUUUAUGUGAUCUAAACUUUAUGUGCUUCUGAGAGAAAGUCACAUUUUACACACACUCCACAUUGAACAAAUAAAUAAAAUGACCAAGGUCAUAGAAAAAAAUGCCCCCUUUUUUGACAGAACUGUUUAGUUCUAUAUUUUAAUUCUUUUCACACAACUUUGUGUUUUACAAAAAAAAUGUUUGGGCUUUAGCUCAGAAACUCUUAUGGCAUAAUAUUUUCCAUAUUCAGAAAAAUUACGAACCAAUAAAUUACCUUUACAUGCUGCUAGAUUUUUACAUCUGGAGACAUUUGUUACAGAAACAAUGCAUACAAAACAAAUAAAAAUUUAAAUUUGUGCUGUCUUAAUUAUUAUUAUUUUUUUUUUGGAUUUUACUACAGACCUCUUAUGAAAUAAAACAUUUAUGUUACUUUAUUGAAUUUCCUGUUUGUUUUCUAGUUCUAAAUGUGACACUCAAAAUGGUUGUUCAACAGAAAAAUCUGUUUUUAAAAAUAGCUACUUUUUGCAGUAACAAUUAAAUUUCUUUAUCCAUAAUCUUAAACAUGGAUGAUACUCUGUUAUUUAAAAUGAGUGCUGACUACUGAAUGGUUUCCUGUUCAUGUCCGUCUUUUAUCACCUUUUUGUUGUAUUUUGAAUUGUUCCUUUUUUUAAGGUUUAGAUAGCAUAAAAGAGAAGAAAUACUUGUUCACAAUAAAAGCAAUUUUUGCUCA